AACAUGACACAUCUGAGUAAGCAUCCAGCAAGAAGUAUUCAUGUUCUUAUAAAUACAACUAACCAAUCAAAAUAUAUUGUACAUUUUCUUAUUUCAUUCUAGCUAUGGAAAUGCAAAAAUAUAUCUGUCUACUACUUGUUUGUGCACUAGGUGUUGAUGGAAGUUGUAUCGAGAGCGAGAAACAAGCUUUAUUGAUCUUCAAGGAAACUCUGAUAGACGACUCGAAUUACUUUUCUUCAUGGGUCGGAGAUGAUUGUUGUGCAUGGCAUGGGAUAGGCUGCGACAACAUAACCAAUCACGUCACACAACUUAAACUUCGUAAUGGUAACAUUGGUGGUAAGAUACAUCCUUUCUUGCUUGAUUUGAAGUAUUUAACUCACUUGGAUUUGAGUUAUAAUCGUUUUGAUGGGAUCCAAAUUCCAGAAUUUUUUGGGUCCUUUAAAGACCUAAUAUAUCUCAAUCUCGGUCACUCCAAUUUUGAAGGUUCGGUUCCUCAUCAUCUAGGAAAUCUUUCAAACUUGCAGUACCUUGACUUGAGUGAUUAUGAGGAUUCAUGGGUUCCUAAAUUAAGGAUGGAUAGCAUAAGGUGGUUAUCCAAGCUUUCUUUGGCGGAACACUUAGAUUUGUCUGGCGUAAAUCUCUCAAACGCUACAGAUUGGUUUUCGUCUCUUAACAUGCUUUCUAAAUUUAUAUCAGUACUUGGCCUAUCUAGAUGUAACUUGCCUGACAAUAUCCCUCGUCGUCUCCCUUUUAUGAAUCUAACUUCUCUUGUUUCAUUUGAUCUUUCUAAUAACUAUCUUAGCUCUUCUUUCCCUUUAUGGGUUCUUAACAACACUAAUCUUGCACAUCUUUAUCUUGGCUAUUGCAAUUUUGAUGGCCUAAUCCCUGAAUCUAUCGGAAGUUUGUCUGCUCUUUCUGUUCUUGAUCUUACAGUAAAUAGCUUCCAGGGUCCGAUUCCUCAUUCUAUUACAAAUCUGACAUCACUUUCUGAACUUUAUUUUACAGACAAUAAAUUAAGUGGUUCAAUUUCUCCUGAGAUGGGCAAUCUCACUGAGCUUACAGACCUCUCCAUGUGGUUAAAUAGUUUCAAGGGUAGUCUCCCCGAAACAUUUUGUCAAUUGAAAAAAUUAAAAUCAUUGAAUGUCGGAAAAAAUAGAUUGACUGGUAACAUUCCUGAAUGCAUAGGAAAAUUAUCAAAUUUAAAUGAAUUAAUUCUUGUUGAGAAUUCAUGGGAGGGGUUUGUAACAGAGCAUCAUUUUAUUAACCUAACGAAGCUAAAUAUCUUACUUAUUUCUUCGGAUUCUGAAUUGAUAUUAAGUAUAAGCUCUAAAUGGGUUCCUCGGUUUCAGCUUAUCUGUUUAUACAUGUAUUCCUUCAAAGUUGGCCCCAAAUUUCCGCAUUGGCUCCUCACUCAAAGAAAAAUUGAGGCUUUAAAACUGUCAAAUGCAAGCAUAUCAGAUACCAUCCCAAUUGAUUGGUUUUUGAGUUUGUUCUCAAAUAGUCCCGGUGUUGAUCUAUCUAACAAUGACAUCUAUGGGGAUCAAUUAUCUCUAAUUUCGCGAGCUCCAAAUGGUUUAGCCGCGUUGAUACUUUCAAAUAACCGUUUAUCGGGUGAAUUUCCUGCAUUUUUAUGCAAUCAGACGACGUUGAGGACUUUAGCACUCUCCCACAAUAACUUCUCUGGAGAGCUCCCCCAAUGCUUAGGAAAUUUGACAGAACUGAUAGAACUUGAUCUAAUGAAUAAUAGCCUAUCUGGUAAAAUUCCGUCUUUGGGUUUUUUAGGGGAUCUCCAAUAUAUAAACUUGCACAACAACAAGUUUCAGGGGAAAUUUCCUUUGUCCUUCCAGAAUUUGACGAAGUUGUUUGUACUUGACGUGGGAAAGAAUAACCUGAGCGAUGUACUUCCCACUUGGUCCGCGGAGCAAUUACCAAAUCUCAAGUAUUUGAUAUUGCGGUCCAACAAUUUUUAUGGUGAAAUACCCCUGCAGCUUUGCCAACAAUCCACGAUUGAAGUUCUAAACUUUGCAGACAACCAAAUCACAGGAAACAUUCCUGCUUGUUUUGGCAAUUUCAGUGCCAUGGUUACGGGUGACAUCAGUCCGAAUCACUUGGACUAUUGGGGAAGUGUUCAAAUGAUAGAUAGUAUGAAAGGAUAUGAGCAAGUUUACACCUCGACGCUAGAGUUUUUGUUUUCCAUUGAUUUAUCAAACAAUAAAAUCAGUGGAGAGAUUCCCAAAGAGUUGAUGGAUCUCCAAGGACUAUUGAAUUUGAAUUUGGCAGGUAAUCAUCUAGCUGGAAAGAUCCCGGAUGAAAUUGGAAAACUCAAAAAUUUGAUAUUUCUUGAUCUUUCCAGAAACGAGCUUCAUGGUCCGAUUCCACAGAGUCUGUCAUAUUUAAACUUUUUGAGUCAAUUGAAUCUCUCUUUCAAUGAUUUAUCAGGAAGAAUUCCCUCUGGAAAUCAGCUUCAGACCCUUAACGAUCCCUCGAUAUAUGCUGGCAACGAGCUACUCUGUGGCCUUCCUAUCCUGAAACCAUGCGCGGCUGACACAAAUUCACGUAAUGUUAAAGACGGCCACAAUGAAGCUGAUACUGAUUCUGUUUCAGAUGAUGAGCUCAUGUGGUUUUUUGCUGCACUUGGACCUGGUUUCGCAGUUGGCCUUUUGGGAUUCUUUGCAGCUUUGCGUUUUUCAGAUAUUGGAAUUUAUACUUCAAUUUUGGUUAACAGGUUCAUGAGAAAAUAAAGGUUAUCAUCACUGCUUUGCACUUUUCUUAUCAGUGUUCUGUUUCUUGUAAUUCAUAGUAACUACUACAUAUUUCUAAAGAUUUUUGAAGAAAUUUCUAUUGCCUCUGUGCUGUCAUUUUAUGGUAUAAAUGUUUAAGACA